CGAGAGCUCGGCGCGGUGUGGGCGGCCGCCAUGGAGCCGGGGGGCGCGGGGCCGCUCCCGGGGAACAACAAGGCCCGCGGCGGGGCCGCGCCGCCCGCCAAGGGCCGGGAGCUGGGCCGGCCGCCGCGGAAGGACUCCGAGGGCUACUCGGAGUCCCCAGACCUGGAGUUUGAAUAUGCAGAUACAGACAAAUGGGCAGCAGAGCUCUCGGAGCUGUACAGCUACACAGAAGGACCAGAGUUCCUGCUCAACCGCAAGUGCUUCGAGGAGGACUUCAGGAUCCACAUGCGGGACAAGAAGUGGACGGAGCUGGACAGGAACCAGCACCGCACGCACGCCAUGCGCCUGCUCGACGGGCUGGAGGUCACUGCCAGGGAGAAGAGGCUCAGGGUUGCUCGAGCCAUCCUUUAUGUUGCCCAAGGCACGUUUGGGGAGUGUGGCUCUGAGGCCGAGGUGCAGGCUUGGAUGAGGUACAACAUCUUCCUCUUGCUGGAAGUGGGGACGUUCAAUGCUUUGGUGGAGCUGCUGAACAUGGAGAUAGACAACAGUGCAGCCUGCAGCAGCGCCGUCAGGAAACCAGCCAUCUCCCUGGCCGACAGCACAGACCUGAGGGUGCUGCUGAACAUCAUGUACCUCAUCGUGGAGACUGUGCGGCAGGAGGCUGAGGGCGACAAGCCCGAGUGGAAGAGCAUGAGACAGACCUUCCGAGCAGAGCUGGGAGCCCCCCUGUACAACAACGAGCCUUUCUCCGUCAUGCUCUUUGGGAUGGUGACCAAGUUCUGCAGCGGCCACGCUCCUCACUUCCCUAUGAAGAAGGUGCUGCUCCUGCUCUGGAAGACUGUGCUGUGCACCCUGGGCGGCUUUGAGGAGCUGCAGAGCAUGAAGGCAGAGAAGAGGGAGCUGCUGGGGCUGCCGCCGCUGCCGGAGGACAGCAUCAAGGUGAUCCGGAACAUGAGAGCUGCCUCCCCCCCUGCCUCCGCCUCCGACCUCAUCGAGCAGCAGCAGAAGCGGGGCCGGCGCGAGCACAAGGCCCUCAUCAAGCAGGAUAACCUCGACGCCUUCAAUGAGCGGGAUCCCUACAAAGCUGAUGACUCCCGUGAGGAAGAGGAGGAGAACGAUGAUGACAACAGCCUGGAGGGAGAGACCUUCCCCCUGGAACGGGAUGAAGUGAUGCCCCCCCCCCAGCACCCCCCCAGCGACCGCAUCACCUGCCCCAAAGGGCUGCCCUGGGCCCCCAAGGUCCGAGAGAAGGACAUUGAGAUGUUCCUGGAGUCCAGCCGCAGCAAGUUCAUCGGUUACACCCUUGGCAGUGACACCAACACCGUGGUGGGUUUGCCCAGGCCCAUCCAUGAGAGCAUCCGAACCCUGAAGCUGCACAAGUACACGUCCAUUGCAGAGGUCCAAGUGCACAUGGAAGAUGAGUUCCUGCGCUCCCCGCUCUCUGGAGGAGAAGAAGAAGUGGAGCAAGUCCCUGCAGAGAUCCUGUACCAGGGGCUGCUGCCAAGCCUGCCCCAGUACAUGAUUGCUCUGCUGAAGAUACUCCUCGCUGCAGCCCCCACUUCCAAAGCCAAGACAGACUCCAUCAACAUCCUGGCAGAUGUCUUGCCAGAGGAGAUGCCGACCACGGUGCUGCAGAGCAUGAAGCUGGGGGUGGAUGUCAAUCGGCACAAGGAGAUCAUUGUCAAAGCCAUUUCUGCUGUGCUGCUCCUCCUGCUCAAGCACUUCAAGCUGAACCACAUCUACCAGUUUGAGUACAUGGCUCAGCACCUCGUCUUUGCCAACUGCAUCCCGCUCAUCCUGAAGUUCUUCAACCAGAACAUCAUGUCCUACAUCACUGCCAAGAACAGCAUUUCUGUCCUGGACUACCCCUACUGUGUGGUGCACGAGCUGCCCGAGCUGACAGCAGAGAGCCUGGAAGCUGGAGACAACAACCAGUUCUGCUGGAGGAACCUCUUCUCCUGCAUCAACCUCCUGCGCAUCCUGAACAAGCUGACAAAGUGGAAGCACUCCCGCACCAUGAUGCUGGUGGUGUUCAAAUCAGCCCCCAUCCUGAAGCGGGCGCUGAAGGUGAAGCAGGCCAUGAUGCAGCUCUAUGUGCUGAAGCUGCUCAAGGUGCAGACCAAGUACCUGGGCCGGCAGUGGAGGAAGAGCAACAUGAAGACCAUGUCAGCCAUCUACCAGAAGGUCCGGCACCGUCUCAACGACGACUGGGCUUAUGGCAACGACCUGGAUGCCCGGCCCUGGGAUUUCCAGGCAGAGGAAUGUGCCCUUCGUGCCAGCAUCGAGCGUUUCAACUCGCGCCGCUACGACCGGGCCCACAGCAACCCCGAUUUCCUGCCGGUGGACAACUGCCUGCAGAGCGUGCUGGGCCAGCGCGUGGACCUGCCCGAGGACUUCCAGGUCAACUACGACCUGUGGCUGGAGCGGGAGGUCUUCUCCCGACCCAUCUCCUGGGAGGAGCUGCUGCAGUGAUGGACACACCAGGGAGGCAGGAGGGGCUUGCUUUGGGGAGAGCUCAAGGCCGCUGCUGAGGGGCAGGAGGAUUGAAGCUUUGGGGGGGGGGUCUAUGGGUGCCUGGACCCCUCCCUGUGGUGGGCUUGGGAUAGAGGCUGGAGCUGUGGGGUUCCUCACCAGGACACCAUCCUGCCCCUCUGCCUUCUUCCAGGCUGUGCCGGCUCAACCCUGAGCUGAGGGUGAAGGUUUGGUGGAGGUUGUUCCCUAUGGGGCUGGGGGGGACCUGUGUGCACCCCUGGAGACAGCACCACCAGCACCCUCCUCCUGCCCCCCCACCAGCCGGGGUUGAGAAGGGGGGAGCAGGCAGCGGGGUGAGGGUCCCUUUGGUGCCGCUGGGGGACACGGGGAGCAGAGGCUGGUGUGUGGCAGGAGAACGGGGGGGCCCUGCCGGGGUUCGGGCUGCAGGGGGGGGCGCUGCUGGGGGAUCAAGGCGCUGGAGGCUGCAGUGUCCCCUCGCCCCGCUGGGGGGCGCGGGUGAGCUGUGCACAUACAUCCAGUCCCGAUGUCUGACCCCAGCGUGGGCUCCGUCUGUCCCCCCCCCAAUUCCCGCCCCACGGGGGCACCCAGCGAUGGUUGUGUCCUUGCCCCUGCUCCCUCCUCCUGUCCCACUGCGGGUGGAUCACUUGUCGCUGGAAGAUUUCAUUUCUGGCUUGCAAUGGGAGCUGGGGGCCUCCGGGGGGGGAGCGGGCAGGAGCUGCUCACACAGGGGUUUGCUGAUCCCAUUCCCUGAACAUUCCCAGUUCUGUCCUGGGGUUUCUGAUCCCGGUGUGGUGGUGUCACUGUGCUUUCUGACCCUCUCAGAGGGGCUGAACAUCCAACCCCAAAGCCUGGCUUUGCCAUAGCUCACCCUUACCUGUCGUGCCUCAGUUUCCCUGGCAGAGGAGCAGCAGCUCCAAUGGGAUAUUCCCCCCUGGUUGGAGUGGGGAGAGGCAGGAGGAAGCCCUUUGCUUCCCUGCUUGGUGUUUGCAGGCAGAGGGAGGCUGGAGCAGCCCCAGUUGACCCCCCCAUGGUCCUCCAGGAGUGAGCCCAGUCUGGGGGGGAUGCUCACCCCUCAUCCUGGCCAUGCUCCCAUGCGCUCUAAAGGCAGGAGGCAGCAAACAGCCCUUAAUAGCCAUCAGAGAAGCCACACUGGGGGGGGAUUCCUUCCAUCUGGGUGCCCCCCAGCCCUCAAAACCUGGUCCCGGUGUGGGAGCCAGCGCGGGAUGCUGUGGAUGAGGUGUGAGCAUCACACCUCGCUCCAAACCAUUCCCAGCCCGCAGCUGUUGGAGCCGGGAAGAGCUUAUUGAACCUGUGCUUUAUUGUUCCUAACGGAUAACAUACCCCCCUCCAGUGGCCCGGAGCCAGAGCACGGGGUGCCCCGGGCCAGGGGGGCACCCACUGGGUGCACAGCAGGCCUGUGGGGUGCCUCUGCUGUGGGCUAUGGGUGACCCCACAGGGCUUCAGUGGAGGUGUCUUCAUCCCUCCCCAUCCUGGUUUAUCUCCCAUCCCGGGGGGCUCUCAGAGCUGGUGGCUGUGCCAGGGGGGUUGUCCCUUGUCCCACACCUGAUCCCCAUUCCAAGGGGGGGCAUAAAGCGCAGCCGGUGACUUGGGGGGGCUCUUUGAACACAAGGAGCCCCAAUAACCCCCCUGAGCACCAGCAUCUUGUGUGUGGGUCUCCCCACUCUGGGACAUGAAGAGCCCAAUGUCUGCCAGUGCUGGUUGCAGUGGGGGGGUGCAGCGGCCAAAUCCGGGCUGGGGAGGGGGGUGCACCCCCAAACCAACCUGGUGCCCCUUCCCAGGGCCGGGCAGGGGGGACCCUGCUGCGAACCACCAGUAUCUCCAUCAACUCCCAUGGUCUGAAGGUGCUUGGGAAGGGGCGGGCUCAGGGUUCUUGGGAGCCACUUUUGGGGUCCCAAGCUCCAGUUCCAGCCCUGUUGGGGCAGUCUGGGUUUGGGGGUGACCCUUGUGCCCCCCUCAUCAGCCAGGGCUAUCCAACAGUGGGUUGGGAUGCGGGAAAGCUCAUGGAGAUCGGGAUGCGCAGGGAGGGGGUAAGGGUGACCUGCUCCCAAUCCCUGGUGCUGGGGGGGGGGGGGAACACACACUGGGGGGGGGGCAGCUGGUCCAUGGGAUCCCAUGGGAUCAUGUAGCCCAGUUCAACAGGCCGCUGGUGGCCUCUUUGCUCUUCACCCUCAGCGGCACCAAGGCGGGGGACUUGUAGUCAUGUUCGGGUGCGGGCUCGAAGGGGUGGGUGCCCAGGGGCGGGGGGGGGGAGGCCGUGCAGGGAGCAGAGGCUGUUGAUGCCGGGAUGGGGGCCGGGAGAGGUGGGAGUGCCCAUGAAGCCGGUGAUGUUGCUGUGGGGAUACGGAGACAAGCCAGGGGCCGGGAGGCUCUCGGGGGGCAGCAGCCCUGGGGGGCUCCUGGCGCCGGAGCUGGGCCAUAGGUUGCUCUGGAGCUGAAAGACAGGACAGAAACCAAGAGAGAUGAAAGCCCAAAGUGAGAUGGGGGGGGCAGGUGAGGGAGGGGACCCCAUUUCCCCCCAUAGGACCCCAUUUCCCCCAUAGGACCCCGUUUCCCCCCAUAGGACCCCAUAACCCGCUCUGGGAGCCCAUCCACACCCCUUGGAUCGCCUGCAUCCACAGGGCGCACUGCGAGGGAUGCCUUUGCUUUGCUCUAAUUGCCUCGGGGGGGUUGAAUCCCGGUUGGAAUCUUCCCUCCCUUCCCCCUGCAGAGAUUUUGGCAUCGGGGGAGUGCCUGAAGCUGAGAUUUAAAUGAUUUUUGUGCUUUUCGAUGUUGGAAGGAGGGGAAAAAAGGCAGUUUGGCAGGAAAAGGGAGCAGGAAAUGCUGAUGGGUGGAUGUGGGACAGCUAAAGGGGUUUCUUGGGGGGGUGGACACCCCAAAACCUGCCCCAAAGGGCAUGUUCCCAUGAGAAAUGGAGGGGGAUGUAAAGCAGCAUCGUCCUGAAUGUGGCAAAAUGGGAUGCUGCUGGAAUACCCCCCCUUUUCCAUCCGGGACCAUGUGUUUUUGCCAAGGAUGGAUGGACCCACAUGGAGAGAAGGGGCAAACACGGGUGAUGGGGUUCAUCCCACAGGGAGCGAUGGGAUGGGAUCCCUGCCCGGGAUGGGUGAUGGGGGGCAGGGGGGGAAGGGGCAGCCCUGGUGCCGGCUCUCACCUCCUGGAUUUUCCCGUAACGUUCCCGUUUCCGCCACUUGGCUCUUCGGUUCUGGAACCAGACCUGGGGACGGAGGAGGGGGCUGAGCUCAGGCACCUCCGGGGGGGGAGAUGGGCAGCCCCUGCCCUGGUCCAUGCUCAUCUUCCCGGCAGGAAAAGAGCCCUAAUUCCAUAUCCCAGCAUCCUGGUACGCUGGAGGUGAAUGGAGGAAGUGCACAGCCCUGCUUGAGCUCACCGGCCAUAUAAUAUAUGGCUUUAUCCGUAUAAUAUAUGGAAAAUAUCCCUCUUGGAAAA